AUGACACAUGGCAACUCGAAGGCCAAGCCCAGAGUUGACCCAGGUGACAACACAAGCAACGGCUACCCCGCGUUGGAAGACACACCAAUUGGUGCCUCUUUCAGUCCCAGAGAGGGUGAUAUGGACGAUGUAUAUGACAGCGAAGCGGUUGUGCCUCAUCCAUCGAAAGCUGAUAACUUGGAUGAUGCAGGAGGACACAGUGUGACUUUCACCUGCUUUGGUGGUCUAGAAGGCGAGGUCGAAGGCGAAGAUCUUCCCACUGGGCGCUUCGCUCCAGGUACCCCCGGUCUCUCAGAACUUGAUGAGUUUGGGACCAUGGAGGAUGAAUCAGGCAUAGGUGAUGCAACUGGUGCAUCUGAGCCAACAAGCCCUGUCAGCUGUCAAGCUCUACCAAGCGGCAAUUCGACCAGGAGCCUUGAGCACAAUUCGACUACCAAAAGCGUGGAGAACUCCUGUCUAUCUAAAGAGAGUAUUGUUAGCCUGACCAACUUAAAGAAAAGCCACAUGUCAGAACAUUUGGAGCAUUGCAAAGAAGUCGCCUUCAAGCAGCGGAUGCGAACCAGCGGAUUUUUGUGUGCCCUGGGACUUCUCUUUGUCCUUUCUGGAGUAGGAGUGGUGCUUGCAACUCUCCGAGUCAACCUUGGUGAGGUUGUGAUGAUCCGCGCUUUGGCGGUGGCAUUUCUGCUCUUCGGUCUCGUUUCCUUUCUCUUGGCUCUGCUGCCAACCGAUCGACGAGCAGUCCCAGUGGCCGCCUGGACCCUUUUUGUGUUCUUCCUGUUAUUUGGAGGAAUUUGUUCGAACAUCGGGCUCAUCUAUUUACUUGAAGACCAUCAAGCUCUUCAGGCCGGAGAGGCAGCUGUGACUUACAUCAAGUUCAGCGUCAUUGUGUGCGCUGGCCUCGUGUUCUUCUUCUUGGCAUUUUAUUUAAUUGCAGAAGUUUGCCGGCCCCGGCGAAACCGACAGUUACUCUCGAGGAUGUGGUAUGUUUCCCAGCUCUUUUUUGCAAUCGUUGCGUUUCUCUCCACGCAGGAAGCUUUUGUGGAUUUCGCCGAAACUGGGCCAAGCGGGCUCUAUUGGCUCAUUGCCAGUGUGGCAGCCCCAAUUUGCACAUUCAUAGCCCGGAGCAAGGAGUGCCAGAGCAAGGUUCAGACCUGCCUAGGCGCUCGUGGUGAGUCAGCUGGCUCCGCUGCUGCUGUAGCUGCCUUGGUUGGAAGCUUCAAGGUGGAAGAGGUGUUGGAGAUAGCCCGGUGUAGUUUUUUUACGGUCAAAGCUGAUCGAUUGAAGAUGGAGCACAUGGUGAGCAGUGAAGUAGAUCCAAGUUACAAGCUUGGAAAGCUGGCACGGCGAACUCGGCUUGGGGAAGCCGAUGCCUUCAUUAGUCACAGCUGGACUGAUGAUCCGUUGGCGAAGUGGAGUGCGCUUCAGGGAUGGCGAAAACACUUUAAGCGGCAACACCAAGCGGAACCCAGGCUUUGGAUUGACAAAUACUGCAUUGAUCAGAACGACUUCAAGAACUCUUUGGCUUGUUUGCCCAUCUACCUGGCAUCUUGCAGCAAGAUGGUUGUGAUUUGUGGGGAAACCUACCUCACGAGACUUUGGUGUGUCAUCGAGCUUUUCGUCUUCCUGGAGAUGGGUGGAUCCCUUGAGAAUCUCGAGGUCAUCAUCUUGCCUGAUCCGGAGAAUCGAAUCGCAGACCAAAUUCUAGACUUUGAUCCAUCCAACUUGCAAUGCUCUCAAGCAGAAACAGCUGAUGUACUUCAAAGUGUGCUGGAAGCUGGGCGCAGCGGCCUGGAUGGGAUCCGUGACUUGGUCCAUCAACGCUUCGCCUCCAAGGCCCAAAGAAGACUUCAUCCAGAUGUGCCCAAGAAACCUUUCCGACCUGAAAGACCUGAACGAGCUCCGGAGGUUCAUGUGACUCUGCAAGACAAACACUUUGCUGAGGACAAGUGCUUCUCAAUCUGA